GAUACAUCAAUUACAUUAUGCAAAGAAGUAUAGAAUGUCAGUAGCCUUGGAAGUAUGUAUGUCAUCAAUAGAACCAUGCAUACAGAACACAACAAUACUAGACAAUGUAGAUCUGCCACAGGAAGAAUGUGAUUGGAGACAAAACUACAAAAUGUCUGAUUUUGCCUAUGGCACCUGGCUGGGAUCUAAACUCAGCCUACAAGAUACUUCUGACAAAGACCUGAUACUACAGUUGAAGGAGGAAACUGGCAUUGGGUUCUAUCUUGAAAAGAACACAUGUGCUGAUGACUUUGAGUACACAGUCUUACAGUCAAAUUGCUCAAAGUUUAAGACUAGGACUUUACUGGAUGGACCUGUUAUGUGUGAUAUUAAUGAUCAAUGUACCGCUAUAGACUGUUGUGUUUAUGAUGAAAAGACACUGGAAAACUACAACAUUUUCAUUCAUCUUAACUCCUGUAAUGACAGUAUAAUUGUUGGAAUUGAAAAGUAUAAAUUUUCACAAUCACUUCUUGACUUUGAUUGGAAUCAACAGCAUGGACUUUACUUGGGAGGAAUUUUUCGAAUACAAUAUAAGCUUGAAGAUUUGCCAGGACGGAAGAGCUUUAUUGUAAGCAUGAAAGUGAGCGUCUGCUGGAGUUCUAAGACUGACUGUGAUUAUAGAGUGACAGUCCUAGAAAACAUUGUAUUAGAAAAAGAAGUGUGUGAAUGGAAAAAGCCUUUCCUUACACAAGAUUUUUCUUUGACAAAAUGGGAAGCAGAAAGUGGAUACACAGUGAAUACCACUUUACAUGGGCAGGCUUUGACAGAUUUACUUGAAGAACUUGGUGUAUCUAAAUAUUAUGAGAAGACUAAGUGUAACAGAAGUAAUUCACCAUAUUUCCCUCAAUCAUCAGAUGGUUGGAAUAUAGCAUGUCCACAUACUAUCCAGUCCAUCUAUAGUCUACCAGACAACAUGGUUUGUAGCUUAUCUGAUACAUGCACCAGUGUUGAAUGCUGUGUGGAUAUUAAGCUGCUUGGAAGAUCAUUCCACAUUUACUUGGACAUUGAUCCAUGUCACUACAGGCUGACGGUUGGCAUUGAAAGGAUGAAAUUUAACAGAAGUCUACUGGACUACAGUUGGGGUUCUGUGUUAUCAGUGUCUUUGUAUGGAGUCAUGAAUUUAGAAUUUUCUAUAGAUGAUCUUCCAGAUGACAAGAUAUUUAUCAUUAGUUUGAAUGUAUCAGUUUGUUUUGAAGCUCAGAGCUCUUGUGAUAGCAAUAAUUCAAUGGUUUUGAGAAAUGUUCUUUUACCAAAGCAGGAGUGCAAAUUUAACAAAGAUUUUGUUGUAGAAGAUUUUUCACUAACCAAGUGGAUGUCAGAUAGAGAUAUUAUCAGGACAGAUGUGUUAAAGGAGUACAUGUUAUACCAGAUCCUUGAGGAGUUAGAUGCUCCAUCUUUUUUGAAUGAAUAUUCAUGUGAUAGAUCAAGAGAACCUUGGGUCCCUACCAACAAUGGUUGGAUGCAUGAGUGUCCAAACUAUUUGACAUUACCUUACCUGAAUGGUGCAGAAACAUCAUGUAUAACCAUGGAUACAUGUACAGGAAUAACAUGUUGUGUUGAAGCAGUAUCUCUUGGAAGAUCAUUUGUCAUGUCCUUUGAACUUGAUGCAUGCAACUUCAUGUUUACCAUCAACAUAGAAAAAUUUGUUCACAACGAGUCACUUGUAAAUUAUGUUUACGGAACUCCCAAGCAAUUAUAUCUGAAAGGAAUCUUUUUAGUUGAAUACACUCUGGAUGAGUUGCCUACGACAAAGGAGUAUGUAGUAUCUGUAAUCCUGGGUGUAUGUCUAGAAUCGACAGAACCCAAUUGUAUGAUCAAAAGAGUUGUAGCAGAUAAAACAAGCUUACCUAAACCAUCUUGUGACUGGAAUAACGGAUUUAGUAUGCAAAAUUUUUCUUUGGAACAAUGGGCACUUUUAAAAGGUUUGGAAUUUGAAAAUCUCCCAGAGGUUCCAGUUCUACAAGUUCUAAGAGAUCUUGACCUGUCAAAAUACAUGAAGACACCACCUUGCAACAGAAAUAACACAUUUUAUAAUCCAGAAGUUAAUGGUUGGAAAAAUAGUUGUCCAGUUACAACAGACUUAACAGAACUACAGCCUGAAAUGACAUGUACAUUAUUAUCAUCCUGUACUAAGGUGGACUGCUGUGUCGACGUAGAUAUUAUAGAUCAUUCAUUUAAUGUUAUCUUACAACUAGAUCCGUGUGAGGAAGAAUUGAUUGUUGGCAUAGAUAAUUUUGUAUUUAUAAUAUCACUUUACCACUAUGAAUUUGGAGCCAAACAGAAAGUUUAUUUGAAAAAUGUUGUUCGAAUUGACUAUUCCAUAUAUGACUUAGAAAGUGAUGGUAGCUACCUUGUAGACAUGAACAUAAGUGUAUGUUUGGAAUCAGAGAAGCCAUGUGUGUUUGAAGAGCAGAUCUUCUGGAACACCAAACUUAGAAAGAAACCAUGUAAAUGGCAUACUGGUUUUAAAGACCCAGAUUUCUCCUUAACAUCAUGGAAGACCUCCGUUGGUAUUGAUCCAUCACAAUCACUCAGUACAGUAGAGAUCAGAAAGUUACAAGAAACACUUGGAAUUUCACCAUUCCUAAUGGAUGUUGCUUGUGAAAGACACAGCUCACCUUAUGUCCCACCAUUCAAUGGAUGGAGAACAGAAUGUUUACAAGAAAUACAGAAUUUGCCAGCACUCCAUGAUAACAUGAACUGUUAUAUUGACCAGACUUGUACAGCAGUCCAGUGUUGUGUUGAUGUGACAGAAUUAGGAAAAGCUUUAGAGAUUGGAAUCAACAUUGAUCCCUGUGAUUUUAGACUAUCUGUCAGGAUUGAAAAAUUGAGCUUUGAUGUAACAUUAUUUGAUUACUUAUGGGGAAAACAGGAAUUGUUAGAUUUGUAUGGUGUUAUUCAGAUAUCUUUCACCAUCGACAAUUUAUAUGAAGAAAAACUCUAUUUGGUGAAUCUAAAUGUGUCUGUCAGAUUUGAUGCCAGAACUCAACCGCAAUAUAAUAUUAUAAUGAAGAAUAAUCUACUUCCUAAAGCAGUCUGUGAUUGGACAUCAGAUUUUUAUAUUCACGAUUUUUCAUUAGAGAACUGGCUACAAGACAAAGGCUAUCAAGUUAAAGAGUCACUACCUAGCAAUAUCUUAUUCCAAUUGUAUGAGGAAACAAAUAUAGGCCAUUACUUUCUGGAUAACAAAUGUUCAAAAUCACACUAUCCCUAUGAUAGUAGUUGGACAAAAGAUUGUGCUAUGAACAUGACUUUACCCAUGUUGCCAUCAGACAUCUCCUGUUUCAUCACAGAUACCUGCACAGGGAUUCAAUGUUGUGUUAUGAACGAUUUAUUGCAACAGACUUUUGAAGUCUCAUUUCUGUUGGACAGCUGUUCUAAGAGAAUAAGUAUUGGUAUAGAGAAAAUACAGUACAACAGUACUUUACUGGAUUUUAAGUGGGGUACUUAUCACUCCUUCAGCUUACAGGGGAUAGUCAGAGUUGAAUACAUUAUAGAAGACUUGUAUACUGAGAGAUACUACUUAGUAAACAUGAGAGUUUCAUUUUGUUAUGAGAGUACAAUACCUGAGUGUGAUAGCAAAAACCAAUUCAUUGUUCUACAAAACAUGAAAUUACCUAAGCAGCAGUGUGAUUGGACCAGUGGCUUUCAUUCUCCAGUGUUCUCCUUGGAAACUUGGUAUGAACAGCAUUCACUGGUACCUGGAUCACAGCUGGAAGACUGGAUGAUAUCUGAACUACUCAACGACUUAGGAAUAUCACAGUAUCUCAACACAGAACAGUGUUCCAGACAUUCAUCACUUUUCUUCCCUAGCUCUAAUGGUUGGAAAACAGGUUGUUCAAGCAAAAUUACUCUUACUGAAAUUCCUGACCCAAUUACCUGCUAUUUAGACACAAGUUGUACCAGAGUAGAAUGCUGUGUUGAUAUAGACUUUAUUCCAUACUCCUUCCAUACUUACCUGAAUAUAGAUCCAUGUAAACAGAUGUUUACAGUUGGCAUUGAAAGAUUCCACAGAAACAUUUCACUAAGCAACUACCAGUGGGGAGUACAGGAGGAGUUCUGGCUUGCUGGUGUUCUGCGUCUUUCGUACAUGAUCAACGAUUUUGAUGGUGAAAGCCUGUACUUAGUUAGUCUGAACAUGAGUGUUUGUUUUGAAAGUAACAAGACUUGUCAUGUGACAACACAGAUACUUAGUAACACCUGGCUGAAAAAGACAUUGUGUGCAUGGGAUAACAGCUAUUAUAUAUCAAAUUUCUCCCUUUCAACUUGGCUUAAGAAUGAAAACAUGUCUGUUCCAUUACCAAGUUAUGGUCAGCUGUUAUUGUUUGAAGACACUGGUCUAGCUCCAUAUUUAUUGAAUGAGGAAUGUGGGGCAGAUGUUGCACUGUUCAGCAAAUUAGCUCUCACAAAUGAUUGUCCAUUAAAUGUAUCAUUGAAUGAUUCAGUGGAAGUUCCAUGUCACCUAUCUGCACUGUGUACUGGUGUAGAAUGUUGUGUCCAUGCCAACAAGUUAAGCAGAGACUUCCAUACCAAAGUUCUAGUUGAUCCAUGUUCAUAUAUUGUUACUGUCGGAAUAGAAAAAUUUGUGUACAACAUCUCAAUAACAGACUUUGCAUUUGGUGAAGUCCAACAGUUUUCACUGGCAGGAAUUGUAAACAUAAAAAUAAUCAUCGACUACCUUGAGGAGAAGCAUUCCUAUCUGGUAUCAAAGAAUAUAAGUAUUUGUACAGAGAGUCAAGGUACAUGUGAACAGGAUUAUGUGAUACUGGAGAACACUAUGCUACCAGUGUUACAAUGCUCAAGUGAUGGUGGAUUUGUAAAAGAAGAUUUCUCGCUUGAAAGAUGGAGGAAUGAAUCAGGGAUUUCAAAGAAUGACAGCUUGACCAGUGUUGAUGUGUCUCAACUAUUUGAGUAUAUUGGUUUGUCUUACUACCUGCUGUCCACUAGAUGUAAUCGCUCCAUUGAUCCAUACAUUCCAGCCACCAAAGGAUGGAACUCAUUUUGCCCAAGUACUGAAGGCCUGAAAAAUUUGAGCGAACCUGUAAGCUGUAACCUUGAUGCCACAUGUAACAAGAUAAGGUGUUGUGUUAAUGUAGAAGAUCUUGGAAGAACAAUGGAAGUAUCAUUGUCUCUAGACCAUUGUAAUAGUAUACUGACUAUACAACUGGAAAGAUUGACGGAGGAAAUAUCAUUGAUAGAUUACAAAUGGGGUACCAAACUGAAACAUGGACUUGUAGGUGUUCUGAGAACUGAGUAA